AGGGAGUACAGAAGGAAACUAAAGAGUUUACCCCUUUUCUCUCCGACUUUGAGGAGGUUGAGUCUAGAAAUCUAAACUGGGUAUCUGGACCCUGUAGAGCUCCAGGGACGCUCAGAGCCCGACUUAAUUCCCUUCUGAGCCCUGAACCAAACCUCCUGACCUCUCCAGGCCUCUGACCAUCCCCGGGAGAACACUAUGAAGCUCUGGAUUGUGCUUUGCCUGGCAUUGCUCGGGGUGGAGCUCCAAAAUGGGGACUGUCAACAAGUCAAGCGGAGGAAAGAUGUUGGAGAGAACCGCAUCCGACCAGGGGGAAAACGAGUGAAGAUGCGACAGCCGAAACUGAAAGAUGGAGUAGUGAAAGGUCAGUCCCUGUUGACCCAGGUUUUAGAUAAGGGACGCUUCUUGCGCCUGGGCCAGACGACAACUAUGACUCCUGGGAGGAAUAUGGAGCUGCGCUGCAAAGGAAACUCUAUUGGAUGGUCAUAUCCGACCUACCUGGACACCUUCAACGACUCACGCCUCAGCAUCAAGCAGAGUGACAAAUACAGUCAGCUGAUCCUGACGUCGCCCUCUGCUGCUGACACAGGGCCUUACAGCUGCUGGGUGGUAGUGUGUGAUGGCACGGAGUGUGAGAAGGACCACGAUCGCACAUAUGUCUCAUACAUCUACUUCACAGACAAAGACAACCUCUUCGUUCCCUCUGCCAUCCACUUUGAGAUCGUGUACCUGCGCCCGGACCGGCCAGCUGUGGUGCCCUGUCGUGUGACUGACCCACAGGCCAAGGUGACCCUGCACAGAGAAGUCCCUCCAGAAGAGCUCACAUCCAACGGGACGCUUCUGACCUAUGACCCCACCAAGGGUUUCAUCCUGCAGAGCCCCAGUCUGGAGCAUCAGGGAGUCUUCUACUGCAAGGCUGUGGCCAGGGGGACGCCUCAGAUCUCCACAAAGUAUCAGCUGCUCUAUGUGGAAGUUCCCAGUGGGCCACCGUUUGUGAGUCUCCAAGCGUUUCCGGAGUCUGUCAGAGGAGGCGACAGUGUCAAUGUUACGUGCACCGUGCUGGGGGAGCCAGAGGUGGAUGUGAGUUUCAGCUGGUCUUAUCCUGGUCAGGGCCGCCGACCGGUUCACAUCCAGACCUCGUGGCGGCUGGUGAACAGAGGUAUGAGCCACACCACACGGGUCUCCCAGAGCAUCAUGACUGUAGAGGACAUGGAGACCAUCGACUUUGGAAACUAUGUUUGUAAAGCAAAGAACCAGAAUGGCCAGACAAUCCUAUCAACCAACGUCAUCUCCGAUUAGCCCCAGCGACAUGGCCUGUGUAAAGCUUAUGCUUGAUAGUUAGGGUUGAGACAAACGUGUAACCAGAUGACUUCAAAAUGUAUAUACCAAAAAAUUUUGUAUUUUUAAAUUUGCAGAUUCUCAUACAUAAUAAAGAUUUGCUACA